CAUUACAAGCGCCAACGUUCGUCUUACUUUUCAAACCACUUUGGAGCCAAAUGCAUUUUUCAAACUUCCAACGUUUCCCCUUUCCCUUUCUUGCCUGCCUCUGCAAAUGGAACAACCAUAUCUAACACAGCUUUCUUGAGCUUCUGCAGCUACUCGAUGGGGUGUUUUCUAGCUUGUUUCGGGUUUCAUAAGCGUCGGAAGAAACGCCGAUCACCGGUCGAUGGAUUCACAGUUAGCAACCAAAUACAUCUAAGCUACGAGCCUUUAGAUUCCUCUCAGAUAACAACUUGUGACGUUAUUGACAAACCCGAGAUUCAGAAUUCUAAACCGAGGGAUAGAUCUAAGGAGCAGGCUUGGGUCAAAAUCAGGAAGAAAGUUAGCUUUAACCUAAACGUCCAGACCUACGAACCUGUUCCAGAUGAUCACUAUUUCCUGGAGAGUGACCAAGAGGGAAAAACCGAAGAACAUAGCCCAGAAGCAACAGCUAGAACUGAUUCUACUUCACUCACAGACAAGGAGUUUACGACCUCGAAUCCCGGAAAUUACCCUCAAAACCACAGAUACCAGAAUUGUGCGGAUAUUUGCGACGACGACGACGAAGAAGAUGAUUUUGGAUAUGGUGAAAGUGAUUUGGAAGACAGUGAGAUUGAUGAAGAACAUGAUGAGUUUGAAACUAAUAGUGUAGACAGGAGCCAACAAGUUCAUUCUGUUCUAAAACCAAUAGAAAAUCUUACUCAGUGGAGAACAGCCAAAGCAAAAGCAGGGACAAUCAGUAAGCAGCAGAUGAACAACAAGGUUAAGACAUCAGAGCAGCCACAAUCUCCAGUAUUUUGCAGUUUAAAUGAAUCGACAUUGAAUUCGAGACUAAGUUCGAGCUUACCUGAUACUCAAACGCAAGAAAACCCGGUGCAUUCGAGCCUCUCGGAUUGGUUGUCUGAACUGAAACAUAGAGUUACCUCACGUAGCUGGAACCGUGGAGAUUCUGAGAUUUUGUUUGUCAACGAGGCUCUUUGAAGUUGCU